UUACAAUUUUCAAUGUGUGUUUGCAUUGUAUCCUUAACCUUCAUAAAAUUGUGAAGUAGUGUCUGCAAUUGCAAUAAUGUUUUUUAAAAUUUGUAACUUUGAUAUGUUUAAGCAUUUAAACUAAAACAGUUAUAUCUAUUUAUUAUUAUUUAUGGGAUUUUUUAAGAUUUGGGAAUUUUGUGAAAACUUCUUACUGUUUAUAAUUACAGUCUAAGAAAAUAAUAGUCAUAACUUGACUUAAAUUAUGGUACGAAGCAGUGAUAAGGAUAGGCACCAUAGGAGGCGGUCUAGAUCCAGAUCGAAAUCUCGUUCUAAUACUCCAGAAAAAAGACGAAGGCGAUCAAGGAGUAGAGAUCGAGAAAAAGGAAGACAUAGGGACAGAAAAAGUCGUUCUAAAGAACGUGAUAGGGAUAGGAAUGAAAGACGAGAACGACAUGACAGAGACAAAAAAAGUUAUAGUGGAGAUAACAAAGAAAAACGUGUUAGCAGUUCAAAAUCUUCUCGUUUAGGGAAAGAACGAACCAAUAGAUCUCGUUCCCGUGAGCGGAAGGAUAAAGAAAAAUGGGAUAAUGAGGAGUUACCAUUUGAUCCAUUAAAUCUUGACAAGGAAGAGGAACAAAAGAGAUUGGAACUGGAAAUGCAAAAAAGACGAGAACGAAUAGAAAGAUGGAGAGCAGAUAGAAAAAAGAAAGAACAAGAGGCAACUAGAAAAGAUGGAAAAUCUUCUAUUCUAGCUAAUAUACAAAUACCUUCAAAGAAAUGGUCUUUAGAAGACGACAGCGAUGAGGAUACCCCAGUUACACAAGCGAAUAAUAAUAAAGAAAGCAAAGAAGAUGAAGACGAACCGAAAGAAGAUUCAGCAGUACCUGCUGAAGAAAGUAAAGCAGAGGAAGUUGAUCCACUAGAUGCUUUUAUGGCUGAGGUACAAGAAGAAGUGAGAAAAGUUAAUAAAUUGGAUAAUAAAAACCCCAAGACCAGCAACAAUGGUCCAAAUACUGGAGUUACUCAAACAACUGGUGUACUCAUUGUUACUGGAGUAGCUAAAAGAAAAGUUCAAAAGCAUAAAGGUGAAUUAAUAGAGCAAAAUCAAGAUGGAUUGGAAUAUUCCAGUGAAGAAGAAGGAGAAAAUCUACAUGAGACAGCUGCUGGUAUUGCAAAUAAGCAGAAAAGAGAACUGGCUAAAGUUGAUCACGCAACAACAGAAUAUUUAGCCUUCAGAAAAUCAUUUUACGUUGAAGUACCUGAAAUUGCAAAAAUGACAUCGGAAGAAGUUGACGCUUAUAAAGAAGAAUUGGAGGGAAUUCGUGUGAAAGGAAAAGGUUGUCCAAAACCAAUUAAGUCUUGGGCUCAAUGUGGUGUAACCAAAAAGGAAAUAGAAGUAUUGAAGAAACUGGGAUAUGAAAAACCAACUCCAAUUCAGUGUCAAGCUAUUCCUGCCAUUAUGUUUGGACGUGAUUUAAUUGGAAUCGCAAAAACUGGAAGCGGCAAAACUCUAGCUUUUCUCUUGCCAAUGUUUAGACACAUUCUUGAUCAACCGGCAUUAAGUGAGGGAGAUGGACCAAUUGCUCUAAUCAUGACACCUACCAGAGAACUUUGUAUGCAAAUAGGAAAAGAUUCGAAGAAAUUUUCAAAAUCACUGGGUCUCUCUCAUGUUUGCGUGUACGGUGGCACUGGUAUUUCGGAGCAAAUUGCUGAACUGAAAAGAGGUGCUGAAAUAAUUGUCUGCACUCCUGGAAGAAUGAUCGAUAUGUUGGCGGCAAACAACGGAAGAGUCACUAAUUUACGAAGAGUUACUUACGUUGUCUUAGAUGAAGCUGACCGAAUGUUUGACAUGGGUUUUGAACCACAGGUAAUGCGGAUAAUGGAAAAUGUGCGGCCAGAUCGACAAACUGUUUUGUUCAGUGCAACUUUCCCCAGACAAAUGGAAGCUUUGGCUAGAAAAAUACUUACUCGGCCAGUUGAGGUGCAAGUUGGAGGACGAUCUGUUGUUUGUAAAGAUGUUGAACAACACGUCAUAGUUCUUGAAGAAGAUCAGAAGUUUUACAAACUUCUUGAAAUACUUGGACAUUAUCAACAAAAAGGCUCUAUAAUAGUCUUCGUCGAUAAACAAGAAAACGCUGAUACAUUGCUAAAAGAUUUGAUGAAAGCAUCUUACUCCUGCAUGUCUUUGCAUGGAGGAAUAGAUCAGUGUGAUAGAGAUUCAACAAUAUUGGAUUUCAAGGCUGGACGAACGAAAUUAUUGGUGGCCACGUCUGUCGCAGCCAGAGGAUUGGAUGUGAAAUGUCUUGUUCUUGUUGUUAAUUAUGAUUGUCCGAAUCAUUAUGAAGACUAUGUUCAUCGAUGUGGAAGAACUGGCAGAGCUGGAAAUAAAGGAUAUGCUUACACGUUUAUUACUUCAGAGCAAGAGAGGUAUGCUGGAGAUAUCUUACGAGCUCAUGAGUUAGCCAUGGUUCCUGUACCUGAAGCAUUAAGAAAGCUUUGGGAAGAUUACAAAGCUCGUCAAGUAGCAGACGGUAAAAAAGUUCACACUGGUGGCGGUUUUAGCGGAAAAGGUUUUAAGUUUGAUGAAUCUGAAGCUGCUUUGGCUAAUGAGAAGAAGAAGUUUCAAAAAGCCGCUCUCGGUUUGCAAGACUCAGACGAUGAAGACAUUGAAAAUGAUAUUGAUCAACAAAUUGAAAGUAUGUUGGCACCUAAACGAACUGUGCGAGAAAUAUCAAGACCUUCAGUUCCCAAUAUUUCUGUACCCGGUCAACCUGUACCAAGUGCAACGGACAAAUUGGAGUUAGCCAAGAAGCUUGCAUCGAAAAUAAAUAUUGCCAAAAAUUUGGGCGCCGAAGCAAAGGGGGUUUCGCAGCAGGCGGCAGAAGCAAUUCUCAAAGGAGCCGGACCUACUAAUCUCAUUACGGCGAAAACUGUUGCGGAACAAUUGGCUGCAAAAUUGAACACAAAACUGAAUUAUCAACCAAGAGAGGAAGAUUUAGUUGAAGGAGAGUGUGAAGGGGGUGAACAAACCUUCCGAAAAUAUGAGGAAGAACUUGAAAUCAAUGAUUUCCCACAGCAAGCCAGAUGGCGGGUAACUAGUAAAGAAGCUUUAGCGCAAAUUUCAGAAUAUUCAGAAGCUGGACUUACCGUCAGGGGUACUUACAUUGUACCUGGAAAAGCACCACCUGAAGGAGAAAGAAAGUUGUACCUUGCAAUUGAAUCGACGAGUGAGUUAGCUGUAAGCAAAGCAAAAGCUGAAGUAUCGCGGUUAAUUAAAGAAGAAUUAAUGAAAUUACAGACGUCUGGAGCGCAUAAUGUCUCGCGUGGCCGUUAUAAAGUUUUGUAAAUCUACAUUCUCAAAACUAUAACAAAUUUCAAGCAUUAAUAAUGAAUUUUAAAAAUAUGCAUAAGUAAUUUUUUAAAAUAAAGAAUUAUUUAAAAAACU